AAACACCGCUUGCGGUGGCGAAAUGCCAUUCCUUUCAGACCUGCCAACCAGACACAGCCUGUGUCGGUUCACACUCGACAUGGAACUUCUCUCCCUUUAGCGUCUUCACUAGCAACUUCAUCGUGACGGUCUAUCGAUCUGCUUGUCGUGUCUUUGACUUUGUUUUGGCUGUUGGCAGUUGCGAGUUCUGAGACGAGGCGACUGCAGUGAGCCGGUGCUGGGACCGAUGGUGAGACGGAGGGUUAAGGAUAAGAAAGCCAUCGAACCGCGAGGAUCCAAAUUCACGAUUUGCGAGGGCAUUUUUUCCAGAGACCAAAAAGCACGACGCAUCAAACACGGCAGAACAAAGAUCUAUUGGUUGUUGUUGCCUCCCUCGAGUGGUGUUGGUAUUGUAAAGAGUUCGAGUGGUCUAGACUCCUCUGCAGCAGGAAGCGUCUGAUUGGAAAUUCUGUGUUGUCGCUAGAAAGAAUUGAGUUGGUUUGAUAUUUUGUCGAGUCGAGUCAUUGAUCGCACCCAUGGAUUUGGCACGAUGGGCCCUGAGUGGAAUCGGCGGGGCGGAUGGCGAGGAACAACAGCCAGAUCAGCAAGAUCAGCAGGAGAACGAGCAAGCGAGCGCUGAAACCUUGUCGCCUGAAGAAAUGCGAGCUCAGCGCUUGGCCCGUAUGGAAGCGAUGCAGAAGAAACAGGCCGAGACUGCUGCUGCUGCUGCCUCCUCAUCGAAAAGCGAGGACCCCAAACCCAUGGAGAUUGACGAAAAACCCGCUGCCAAGUCGGCUCCCGAGAAAAUGGAUGUGGACGUCGAGGAAAAGAAGACUAGCGCCAAAUCGUCUGCCGCGGCUCUGUUGCCGCAAAAGGAACCCAAUAAGAAACGAAAAUCCGCCACAACAACAACUGCUGAUCCAGCACGAAAAACACAGAAAAAGGCAGAAGCUAUGCUCAAAAAAGUUCUCUCGGUUGCCCUCACUGGAACCUCCACCACCAGUGACUCUUCCUGUGUCGUGAUCAAUAUUGACGACACCGCCAUUUCCGUACAAACCAUUGCCGAGAUUCUAGCAACCCGUCUUUCGUUGCCCGCGAAUGCUCCAGAAUUGAGAACCAUGCCGGCGCAAAAGGCCCUCAUUCCGUACUUGGCUCAGUGCCAUCGAAGAGCUGCUGAAGAGCUCAAAACGAUGAAACAAUCGUCCAGCAAGAGCAAGUCAACUUCGACACCAGAGCUCAUGGAAAUUCUGGAAGAAAUCAAACGACAAGUUGUCAAUUAUGCAGGCUCCUGUCUCAUGGUACCAGAAUUGUUCGAAUUAGGCAAAGAUGCUCCCAUGCAAUUGGCCAAAUGCAUGACUUCCAAUGUCACUGAUUUGGCUUCCUCCAUCACCUUUGGCGUCACUGGGCCAGCUAGCUCCUUCUACUUUUUGCUCUGCGAAGAGCUGGUUUCCAACGACGAAGAAGCCUUCAAGCGCGUGAUUGGAGAAAUUGUGGCGCAGUUGACCAAACAGUUGGCCAGAACCGAAAAUGUCUUGGAUGGAGGCGAUGGCGUGACAGAGGGCAGUGCAUUGGUGAUGGUGUCCGCCCUGACAUCCGUUUGCAGCCACAAAGAGGCAGCCAAGGUCGUCGCGCAACUCCCCAAUUUCCUAUUGCCACCGGAAGGGUCCGACAAGGCAAAGGAAGUGGUUGAGAACAGACCUCAGGCAGGAGCAGAUCUCAUGUCCAGAUUGUUGGGGCUUGGAAAUCGUAGCUAUUUGCGACGAUCGGGGCCAGCGUUGGAUAAGGAAACAAUUUUGGGCCUUUGUCUGAGACCUGGAAUUCCCAAAAUCAAUCCGGCGUUUAGCAAUGUUCGAAUGUCGAUGGAUUCCGUAGAGCGCACGACAAGCUCGCAACGGCGGCAGCUGCGUGUUCAUCAGGAAGCGUGCAACCAACUGGUCAUGAAGCUUGUCCGGGCUGGGCCUGGGGCCCAAGGAGCGGUCAUGAAGUGGUUCCAGGACGCACUCGUUGUCAACGUUGGAGCCACUGGUUUGCGUCCUGAUCCACGCAAAGUUGGCUCCAUUUCAACUCUCAUGAAUGCCCUUGUCGUCAUGCUGAAGCUCUGCGAACCGUUCAUCAAUGACGAAAAGAAACAACACUUGAUCAACCCUGGAUAUGUCUCCUGUCCAAGCACACACGGUGGAGUGUAUGCGACAGGAGAAGAUGGCGUUCCCCGUUUGGGAGAGGUCGAUGCGGCCUCGAUGGAGACCGAAUACGCACCGAAGAACAAAUUUAUUCCUCAGUGCUUCUUUCUGUGUGCGCGCUUUAUUCACCUCGGAUACGCUCAUCAAUUUGCUCCCCACACAAGCCUCAUGCGGCAUAUUCAGCACAUGCACUGGGAAGCACACACCAACAACCGCAAUUUGGACAGCGACGACACGUACAUUCGAAUGCUGACAGCUCAGCGAAGCCAAGAAGUGACGCUAUUUCAAGAAGAGGUAGUCACAGACUCGCUGCGCUUUUGCAACCUAAUGGCGAAAAUCCUCUUUGAGAUGGAUGACAAGGAAUUGCGUCGUAUGCCCGAGCAUUUCGUGAUUGAUACAUGCGAUAUCAUCAUGGGAGUGGCGCGUCUCAAGCCAAAGGCACUUCGUGGUCUGGAGUUUCGCUACGUAUUCAAGCUGGUGGUGAAGUUGCUGUCUCCCACAUAUGCAGGGGUCGUUCGCAACUACAAUCUUCGGGCUACUCUUGGGGACGUUCUGUACGAUCUUUUCCUUCCGUCUGCGUCAGACGAGCGCCGUGAUGUACCAACAUCAGUUGCCUGUGAUCCGUUGGCAGGCGGUCAGACCUACCUCCUGUCGGAUCCUGCAGCCCAGGAAUCCCUUGCUCCCUCACUGCUCCUCUUGUACGGAGAAGUCGAACACACAGGCUAUUAUGACAAAAUGACGCACCGGGCAAAGAUCGCAUCUUUGAUCAAGUAUUUGUGGGAGAGCACAGAGCACCGUCCUGCCUUCCGCCGAAUCACCCAAAACAAGCAGAGCUUCAUCAAGUUUGCAAACGGUAUCAUGAACGAGACGAAUACGCUGAUUGCCACUGUAAUGCAGAAGUUGCCCGAAAUUCGAGAAGCACAGCUCAAGAUGAAGAAUACGGCUGAAUGGGGUCAGCUUGGGGAAGAAGAGCAGAACAUGAUCACUGGUCGCCUCGAUGACAACGAACGCGAGGUCAAGCAUGCCCUUCCGCUUUGCAACAAGACUUUGCAGAUGUUUGGCUACUUGAACACGGACAAGGAUAUCCGGAACCUAUUCUUGUUAGAUGAGCUGUGCAGCCGUCUCGUACAGAUGCUGGUCCAUGUGCUGACAAAGUUGGUGGGUACGAAGGGAUUGGAUCUCAAGGUGGAGAACCCAGAACAGUACGACUUCCGCCCCAAGGAGUUGCUGCGAGACUUGUGCGCCAUUUUUGCGCUCUUUGCCACUGCCAAACAGUUUCAAAUUGAAUGUGCCAAGAGCGGCUGUGAACCUACUCUCCUUGCCAAGGCUGUCCAGACAUGUCGAAAGCUGAACCUGUUGACUGGCGAAUCCAUGACUGCCUUUGAAGCGCUACCAGAUAUUGUUGCAAAGGAACGCCAAUCAGUGGAAGCCGACGACGAACUUUUGAAGGAUGCGCCGGAGAAGUUCCUCGACGCCAUGUUAUUCACGUUCAUGAAGGAUCCUGUGAUCCUGCCGAGUGGCACGAUUGUGGACCGUCCAACGAUCACCCAGCAUUUGCUGAACGAUGCCACCGAUCCAUUUAACCGUGCUCCGAUGACUGUAGAAGAUAUCAAACCAGCAACCGAGCUGAAGGAAGAGAUGAACAAAUGGCUGGAGGAGAAGCGCGCUGCUUGAGACAGCUAGCUAAUUUGAUAGCAACGCACGCAGCGUGAAAUAUGAUAAGAUCUUUUGGCAUAAGGCAGUAGCCAUCAAAAGAAUCAUAUCUACUUCGUGUACAUGUACCAGUAGUAAGGAGAGAACGAAGCAGUGCUUUCACUCGUCUGAUAAAGCAGCGCCCUCACUCAUUCACAUAAUGAGGACAUCCCUUGUCCUGAGGUGGUAUACCUUCUUUUCAGCGCAUCCCGCUGGCUUGGCGUCCGCUCGAGGUUUGGGCUUCGAUAUCUUGCUUUUCGCAUCGGUGACUACUUCCGUAUCCUUCUUGGCUUCUUCAGCGUCAAAAUCAGGCGGAACACCCUUAGACCUCUUCACGUGGACCUCCCAAAGCUCAUCUCCAAUGGACCUGGAUCGCUUCUUUCGAUUUUCGUGGUCAUAAUCGGGAUCUUCACCCUUGUCACGAGACAGAUGAACCAGAAAAAGUUCUUCCCCGACGGUAGGUUUGUUGGUGGUGUUCGUCGCGCCUUUCUCGUCAGAAGGAGCUGGCGAGGUCUUCACAGCUUCAGUAGCCUCUUCUUGCUCAGUCUCAGCAGCAACCUCAGCUUUCUGAGUGUUUGACGCUUUCUCUUCGGGAGCCGUGCUCAUGGUGUUGGAUGAUGUUGUUGCUCUGUUUGUUACUCUUAUUGUGCUUUCUCAAUAUCUCAACUCAAGGCUCCCUUGCUGAUGUUCUGGAGAUGGAUCCAUCGAUACUGGUAUAUCCAGCACACCCGUACUAGCAAGGUACCAGGUACCAGUAUCUUCUGGUACAUAGCAGCGAACAAGAACCCCUCAUCAUUUCAACGAUCGAGAUGGCAUGGAUCCAUCAAGACAUCAAGAAUCAAGAACAAGUAACAACUGUCGAACAAGAACCUCUCUUGGUUCGCUUCUCCGCGAGUGUCACCAUGUUUCGAUUCCGUCAGCGUCCUCUCAAGACGACAGGCACCCAUCAAAUCUUUUUUUCUUUCCCGAAGCUUUUACAUGUACGACUGUACAGCACUACGGCAAACACCCAGCUAGCUAGCUAGAACGGUCGCGGCUCCUGUUCACAUCAACAUGCACCUUCAGGAAGGGCAAAUAAAUCUAGCUAUUCCUCUCAAUUGGGUCCUGUAACUUUGGAUUACAGUAUCCCGAAAUCGGAGCCUGGUGGGUGAUGACAUCAUAUAGAUGUUGCAAAGCUAUCACUGUAUUCGGCGGCCCCUGGCUGGCUGCUAGUAGAAUUAUUUCGGGCAGGUGUUCACGGGAGCCGAUGAAGACCUGCUUGAACUGUGUGGCAAACACAGUUGUACAACAGUGUGUUGCUCGGAUUUCACGGAUUUUUUCUUCAUGGCCCAGGAUUCUUUCGAACCAUUACAGGCGCCGUUUCAAUGCAGCAGACGGAGCUGUCCCAUAAACCGUUGUCAGUACAGAUUCCCAAUGUACACCAUCACGCCACCAGUCCACACGCUUAGCCAGUUGGUCAUCCUUGUCGUUGAUGGUUGCCAGAACUGCUCGUGUUGCAUUCAAUAAAUUGUCGUAGUCUGCAAAGACAACGUCUCCACAUUUCUUGUAGGGCUCCAAAAACUGCUGAUCAGACCAUGUUUCCACGACUGGGAUACAGCCAAAACGACCCAUUUCUGAUAGUCGAUGGGUCUCUCCUGCUGCAGUGGCACCAUACCCAUGGGUGAUCAAGCAUACUUUGCCAUCUGCAUAGGACCUCUUAAUGUGUGCGACAGCUUUGGAUUUUUCCAUUCUGACAUUGGAGAGGGUAUUUUGGAAACUUUCUAUCAGUGGUAUUCGACGUGCCUUUAGUUCCCCAAAGAAGACGACUUCAAGGGAUCGAUUGGUGAGUGGUCGCAUGUACUUAGGAUCGCCCAGUCGGGAUUGAUGCAUCAUGGGUAAUAGCAUGACGGAAUCAUGCACACCCUUGUCUUUCAUCCAAUGAUAAUGAAAGUCUGAGUAUUCCCAGAUAACACACAAUUCUUGAUCAUGACAUGGCCUUAAAUUCUUGCGCAGCUUCCCCUCACCAACAGCAUCCAAUUGCUCUGUCUGAAUAAAGAUGCGUGGAACGGUGGUGCAGUCCCUGCAGAAAGUGUAAUCAGAUUGGACAUGCAGAACAGUUUCAGGAGGAUCCUCAGGUGUGCUGGCAUUCAAACCAUAACCUUUCAGCAUGUUUUCAAUGUUGGCUUCGUUGUCUCGGAAGAUCACUCCUCCCAACUUGACCUUGUAGGACUUGGCCUGUCCCAAGACUUUCUGUAGCUUGUUGUAUGAUGGCGAACCUUUGGGACUGGAGAAGGCAAUCAUAUCAAGACACAUUUGGUGCAAGGAGAGCUUGUUCUUGCACUCAUCAUACACCUCGACUGUGAGCUUCCUGGAUUCGUCUUGGUUGGCUAUUGUCAUUGCUGAUCGACCCAUUACGAUUUUUGUGCUCCUGCUUGAUCUUUGGAGGUUGGUGACCAUUAUGGCACACAUCAUGAGAAAAAUCACAGGUAUAAACCUUCCUUUGGUGCCUGUCAUGUUGCUGUUUGUUGAGCGAGGAGUACUAUUUGUUGGAGAGGGACGGAAGCAUCGUUGUUUGUGGUUUUGGAUCAUUGUGCCAACUUUUGGAGCGCGUUUGCGGAUGUUUGAGACCCAGGGUCUUUGGUGAUGGCGGCCUUAAGUAAAAAUGGUCACAGUGCCACAAGGCAAGCGCAAGAUGACCGAACGAGUGAUCGGGACUGUUGUACUCGGGACUGACCGUCUUUGCUCUCUCGGCCCAUCAAGUUUCAAGUCAAAUGGCACGGCAUGAUGUACCGAAAGCACGUCAAAACAUUUAUGAAGCCAAAGUUUUCUGGAGCAAAUGAAAGUGCUAGCAUGUCAUAGCUAUAGCGAAGGACCCAAUCGAGCUCUACGCCGACGAGAAACCGAGAGGGCCUUGCAAGUGGAACAGGAGAAAGUAUCAUCUACACGUGUACAGCUCCUUCCCGGCAGGGCGUCAAUCCGUCGGCAUUACGGUGUUUCAGGCUAAAAUUGCGUUGAGUAAGCUCUCGCCCUGGCGCCUAGUUCAGUGUCCAGAAUAGGAUUUGUGUUUGAGGCUGCAACAGACAUCAGCUUGGUGCUGUCGUCAUUGCAGUUGUCAAUACUAAUUCCCAUUUCACACCAGUACGCCACCAGUUUACUCGCUUAGACAGAUUCUUGUCAUCACUGCUGUUUAUGCCAUUGAGAACUGCUUUUGUUGCAUUCAAUAGAUUGUCGUAGUCUGCAAAGACUACAUCUGCACAUUUUCGGUAGGGUUCCAAGAAAAGCUCAUCUGACCAUGUUUCCAGGAUUGGAAUGCAGCCAAAGCGUCCAAAUUCAGACAAGCGAUGGGUUUCUCCUGCUGCACCUGUGUGGUAGCCAUGUGUAAUCAAACAGACUUUGGAAUCUUCAUAGGAUUUCUUCAUGCGUUUUGUGGAUUUGGUCUGUUCUGCUCUCACAUUAGAUAGUUCAUCAUUAAAGC